UCUUGUUCUUCUGCUGUCGUACUUUUGAUAUAUCUGGUUUCACAUCCUUGCACUAGCUUGCGUACUAACCACAAUGAGUUCCCCGGUCGUCGCAGCGAUCGUUCAGGACGCGAAGAUCGACGCUGUGAGAACGGUGGAAGCCGAGACCCUUCUGUCCAACUAUGCCGCUCUAUCGGAGAGUGGGAGGGACAGUGUGCGGGCGUCGUUCGUGACACAAAUAUUCCCUUUGUUCUUCGGCCAAAAUGCCAUCCUGGAAACGUCGGGCGAGUACGAAGAUCAGCGGCAAGUGCCAUGGUCAAUAAACUGUUGGCUCCGGCCACUUGUCCUAGUGACCCCCACAUCCGCAAAACAAGUUGCAACCGCUCUUGCCCUCUGUCGAUUUUUUAACAUUCCUUUCUCUGUUCGCGGUGGCGGCCACCUACAGAAUCCGGGAUUCAAUAGUAACAGCGGCGGAGUGGUCAUUUCUUUGAGUAAAUUCAACCAUGUCAAGCUUUCUGACGACAAGUCCACCGCCGAUGUCGGACUUGGGCUGAGAUGGCUCGAUGUGUACAAGGCCCUUGACCCUCAUGGUCUGGCAGUGGCAGGGGGUCGGAUUCCGACAGUUGGGGUUCCUGGUCUGCUCCUGGGAGGAGGAAUCUCCUUCCAAAACAGCCAAUAUGGAGUGGGUGCAAUGGGCGUGACAAAUUAUGAGGUUGUUCUCGCAGACUCGAGUAUUGUCAAUGCCAAUGCACAAGAGAAUACCGACUUGUUCUGGGCUCUCAAAGGAGGCGGCCCUAAUUUCGGAAUCGUGACCAAAAUGGAUCUGGCGACCGUUCCUACCGCAUCCUGGGCCGAAGCUCGGAUCUACCCUCCAACGGCAUACCCUGAGCUCGUCAAAGGCCUCAUGAAGUAUCACGAGGUGAUUGAAACCGACAACAAGGCGUCUCUCGUCUGGCACGGGACCAGCCAAGCAAUCCUCCUCGUCUUCUUUUAUUGUGCCCCUGUCGAGAAGCCUGCCGCAUUUGAGUCAUUCUAUGAUAUUCCGUUCGCGAUGAGCUUUGUCCCCCCAGCCACUCGAUCCAUCUAUGAACUUGUCCAGGCGGUUGCCUCCGUCAUCACAUCAGAGACUCUGCAUCACGAGUUCCGAACCAUGUCCAGUCGGCCAUGCUUGGAAUUGUACGAAGCGACAGAGAGGGUCCGCCAAGAACAGGAGGCUGCUUUGAGCGACGUUGAAGGACUUGUCCUGACCAAUGUGUUCCAACCCAUGUCCUCCUUGGCCAUGAAGCAGAGUCAGAAGAACGGGGGAACGCCGCUUGGAUUAGAGCCAGUGGGUCAGCAAUGGUUUCUGUCCAUGGCCGAUUGGAAGAAUGCAGAGGAUGAAGACCGUGUCCGCGAGGCGACUCGUAAAAUUGUGGAUGUUGCCGAAGCGACAGCCAAGCAGGCUGGCGCCUAUCUUCCGUAUCGGUACUCCAACUAUGCUUCUCGCGACCAAGAUCCGCUGUCAAGCUAUGGUGCUGACAAUGUGGCAAAGCUCAAGGACAUUGCUGCAAAGUAUGAUCCUGAAGGUGUUUUCCAGAAGCUGCAGAACGGUGGAUGGUUGCUUUCCAAGGCAGGGUCGGCUUAGACGGCUCCCUAGUUGCUGUAAAUAUUGUAUUGAUAGCGUUAUGAAUUGAAUGGAUUUCAAGAGAU